UUUCAAGUCAAAACCGUAUCAUUUUGUCGCAGUUGCAAAUCUUAGCGGGGCGCGUCCAUGAGUAAUAUUGUGUUUUACUAUUGGGUCUUAUUGUAAAAUGUCUGUCAGGCUUUAUAGUGAAGUGCUGCUGUUGUUAUUUUAAUGAACAGAGUAUAUUGUGCAGUGUGAAUCAUGUUGCGACAUUCGAAUGUGUUCGAGAUUAUUGGGUGAAAUUUCUGUCGAUUGGGCGCGUGUGAAGUACAGACAAUGUCUAGUGACGAAGAUAAACCGCCGGCACCGCCGGUGCGGCUCACCAGUAACCGUGCUACCGAUCGCGGUGACUCCGUCGCCUCCGUCGACAUGAGGCCUCUUCCUAAAGAACCAGACGAUGCCGGCGACAGGAAAAAGAAAACUUUAAAAGCUAAAAUUAAAGGAUCAAAGAGCACUGCACAUAAUGACAACAAACCAAAUAUUAGCUAUCCAACUAACUUUGAACAUACAGUUCAUGUGGGUUUUGAUGCUGUGACUGGAGAAUUCACCGGUAUGCCGGAGGCUUGGGCCAGGUUACUAAUGGCGGCUAACAUCAGCAAACAGGAGCAAAAGAAUAAUCCUCAAGCUGUGUUGGAUGUCCUCAAGUGGUAUGAUGCAUCAGCAACACAACCACCUCCAUCCAAAUAUAUGACAUCUGCUCAGAUGCACACAACACACUCAGGAUCGUCAGUGUCGCGGGUGUCGUCUAGUAGUCCCUCGUCGUCAACGCCCACAGACACUGAGCACCCGGAACCGCCACCACCGCCACCUUCGCGGCCUGAUCGCACCAAAAGUAUUUACACGAAGCCUAUAGAAGAAGAGGAACCUCCGCCGCCGAGGCCGACGCCCGCGCCGUCGUCACCACCGCACGUGCCGCAUCCCGCCCUCACCACGCAUUCUGUGUGCAGAGCGGAGGCGGGCGUGGGCUUGUUGGACCGCAACAAGAAUCCAGCUGCUGCCGCCGCCCCGCUCGCACCGCCUGUCGCGCCGCUCACCACUACCACAACCACCACUACUACCACCACCGCCGCUGCCAACACUGACACCGGAAGAUCGACAGGACAGCAGCAAAGAAAAAAGAAAAUGACUGAUGAAGAAAUAUUAGAAAAAUUAAGAACAAUUGUUAGCGUUGGUGAUCCUAAUAGAAAGUAUACAAAAAUGGAAAAAAUUGGUCAGGGUGCGUCGGGCACGGUAUAUACCGCAAUAGAAACAUCUACGGGCAUGGAGGUUGCCAUCAAACAAAUGAACUUGAGCCAGCAACCAAAGAAGGAGCUUAUUAUAAACGAAAUCCUCGUGAUGCGGGAGAACAAACACAACAACGUCGUCAACUAUCUAGACAGUUAUCUCGUUAACGAGGAACUAUGGGUUGUAAUGGAGUACCUGGCGGGUGGGUCUUUGACGGACGUGGUGACGGAGACUUGCAUGGACGAAGGGCAGAUCGCGGCGGUGUGUCGCGAGGUGUUGCAGGCGCUGCACUUCCUGCAUACCAACCAUGUCAUACACCGAGACAUCAAGUCUGACAACAUACUGCUCGGCCUAGAUGGACAAGUUAAACUCACCGACUUUGGAUUUUGCGCACAAAUAUCACCUGAACAAAAUAAACGUACGACUAUGGUGGGGACGCCAUAUUGGAUGGCCCCCGAAGUUGUAACGAGGAAGCAGUAUGGACCAAAGGUGGAUGUGUGGUCAUUAGGUAUAAUGGCCAUUGAAAUGAUUGAAGGCGAACCGCCGUACUUGAAUGAAAAUCCACUGCGUGCACUUUACCUAAUUGCCACUAACGGCAAGCCUGACAUCAAAGACAAAGAAAAACUCAGUACAGUUUUCCAAGACUUCCUCGAUCAGUGCCUAGAGGUGGACGUCGAGAGGCGAGCCACCGCCCUCGACUUACUGAAGCACCCGUUCCUGAAAUUGGCGCGACCGCUGGCGUCGCUGACGCCGCUGAUCAUGGCGGCCAAGGAGGCGGCUAAGGGCCAUUAGCGCAGGCCGGCGGCGCCCGCCGCAGCGCGCCGCUAGCCGUGCACGCACACUAGCGCGACACAGUGCCUACGCCACAGAGCGACACUCCUUGCUGCAGACACCCCGACCCGACACCGACCUGUUACCGUUCGAGCGCCUCUAGAGGCUGCCCGAUCAUAUAAUAGAGGUGAUCAUAUUUUUACAAAAAUGUCGAUAAAUAAAAACGCAGUCCACUAACUUUAAAUUGUGUAAAGUCGUAUGAUAGUGUUAACUUAUUCUAGUUAGCGCCGCGAUCUCUUAUUGGCGUGUUUCGUUCGACUGUUGCGAGCACGCGGUCGGAUAGGAUGUAGGUAGAUGAUUAGAGUAGUAUUUUGAAUAAUGAGCGCAAAAUUUUGUAGCUGCGAACGAAGACUGGCAGUUAUUUAGGCGGGUUGUAAAAUAUAAAUAGUAGUCGCGUUACGUUAGUGCCGUUUCAGCUUCACUGUGAUGAUAGCCGGUGGCGAGAACAGUUCAGUGGAAACACAUCAAUAGAGAGGCGAGACCGCAUUCCUCUGGUGAGUGGCGAGGACGUGGCGGGGCGUGGAGGGACGCGGCGCGCGUGCGUCGCCAGAUUGCUCUCACCAAUCGGCGCAAGUGAUAAUAUUGGGAAUGACUGAUGUUGUGGAAUGAUAGAUGCGAGUGUUUGAGAGUAUAUUAUUUGAAUUUUGUGUAGUCUUGUUUCAAAUUCUGUAAUUUUUUAUUCAAUGUUUAAAUAUACCAAAACCGCGCAUUUUUUUUAUUUCAAUUGAAUAUUAAUAUGGAUAAUAUGGAAUGCGUAUUCGCAAACAUUAUACUGUUUAAUAAUUCAGAUCGCAGCAUUGAUAGCUUUGCUAUUUGCUUUUGAUAGUUACUACUAAUUAGUAUUAGGUUUAUGUACGAUAUUGUUAAUUUAUUAAAAGUCGCUUAAUGCUUGCAAAUACAGUUAUGUAAUUUGAGUUAUUGAGAUUAUUAUUAUAUUAGCGAUACAUUCAUUUUGAUGUUUUCCAUAUUUUUUACACGUUUUUAUUGCGAUUAGUGUGUUUUAUCAGGAUUUCCAACCGCAAGUGACUACUGUUUUUAAAUAUUACUAUUUGCAAUAUAAAUUAAUAUUAUUAUUCAUUCGCCGACGUCAGUUGUCGGUAGUCGAAAUUAAUCCCACAAUAAUAGAUAUAUCCAAUUAUAAUCAAUCCUUAUCGCUGCCUACGAAUCGAUAACGGAAUGGACCUAUCAGAAUAAAGUUUGUUUGACAUGCUUACAAAUAACUUACAUUCAUUGGUUCAUUCCUACCAUUGAUCCGCAGUUAGGGUUUAGGAUCUUUUAUGUAAUCUGCCGAUAGCCGAUGAGGAUCGAUUCCCGGUUUUUUUCAAACUGUUUUACCCACAACAAUCAAUACAAGUUGGCGAAAUUUUAUAGAGCCCAUUUAAUUUGAGCCGUUUGUCGGGUUAACUUAAUACAAAAGUAUUGAACAAAAUAAUUAUUGUACAUUAUUCAAUUUCGAUCGCUUUAUGUAGGAGCGAUAUAAUUAUUAACGUUUGCUAUGGACCAUAUAAUAUAUUAUUUUUCUUAUGAAUUUCAUAAAUGGUGAAAACAUAUUAUAUUGACCCAAUACAUUUGGAGAAAACAUACUGGUGUUACUAACAAAUUAUUAAAGUAUACAAUAUAACAAUGGUUACUUUUAUUGAACGAUUUUGAUGAUAUAAUUUUAUUGUUAGUCUUGAAACUUGAGCAUUUACUUAGUAUUAAGUUUAUAUAGUCUAUCCAAUUCCUUUUGUUGUCAAAAUUCUGUUUGCUGCAUUUUGUCAUAAUAUAAAGAUUUGAGCGACUAAAAGUAAAUUAACACAUAAAUUCAGAGCUAUGACCAUUAUUUUUGUAUUAGAUAGUCGAUUGCAUUACAGUUUAUGACAAUAGUAAAAGGUAGACAGACCUAUGGUUAAUGAUUACUAUGGGACACUGAAGUAUUUUACACUUAUUUUUAAGUAUUGUAUGUUGUCUCUCUGCUUAUAUUGUUUAGGUUGUGCCGUAAGACGCUGUUAGGAUCGAUUUGUACGACGUUAUAUCACUAUAUGGAGGGCGAGUGCGGUUUGAGUGGUGAGUGAGUGAUGGUUGUGGUCGAGUGUCGGAGUGGUUACACACCGGUCACAGUGCGGGGCCGAGGCGUGAUGGACGCCUCGGCUGUUGUUCAUUGUACAGACACGAGGUAGACACGAAUAGGUUAUUCAUUGACAAUAUAAUGUGACCAAUUAAUGCAAUGUAGAAUCUGUGCAGUUCUGGUUGGUGCAUUUGAAAGUAUUGGUUAUUACACGUGUACUGUUCAUAAUUUAUAUGUGUAUGUUACCGUGAUGACAUCGAUUUGUCCUUCCGGUAUGACCCCUGAAUGAGGCGAUUUAAUGAUGUUAAACUUGAAAAAUAUAUUCUUCAAACAUUGUAAUAGUUUUGUGAUAAAAUUUUUAUGAUAAUUUUAAGUAAUACUUAUUUGUUGGACUGUUUUUGGCUAUAAUUUAAAGUUUGCGAUUACGAUCGGGGUGGAGACGUGUGAUUCGUUUACAUGUGGCGGACCGAGGAACCGACGGCGACAGUGAACAAACAAUAGUAACUACUUACUGACUUAAAACGUUAUAAAGGCCUAAAUCUGUUUAAAAAUUAUAUUUCCAUAUAACAACAGUAUCAAGCUGCACCAACCACACCAAAUUUGUGCAAUAAUGUAGAAAUGUAAAAAUUGUAGCCAAAUCUUCAAGAGAGCUUGAACAAAGUUAUUCAAUAUCUAUUGUAACUAAAAUUAUUGUAAGAAAUGUAUUAACUACAUUGUGAUCAUGAAGAUGAAUUUGAGUAUGCAUUAGAAUGUUAUAUUGAGAAUUAACUGUAAUUACACAUGUAGUAUAAGGUUAAAUGUAUUAAUAAAUGUAACUGUUACUGAGCAGGAUAUUCAAUGCGAUUAGAAUAUUUUUCAUGUUUUUGACAGUCUAUAAAACACCAGUGCCAUGUAUGAGCAACUUGUGCAUAUAAAUUACAAUCAUACUAUAAUAAAAGACUCACCAUAUUUAAAAAA